UCUCAGACACAGCCAGCUCCACUCUGUAUUUCCUGGUUCCUCCCCUUUAGAUCUACACUGAGGAGGAUGGGUGUAACCAACAUACGGGUAAAGUACAAGAGCUGAUAGGCCAAAUUCACCGCCCACACACAUGUUGUUCAGAUCGCAGCUCAUAGUUUCAGCUCUCAGGAAGUGAAACUCACACACUCACUCUCACUGAGAGGUGAAAUGGCGCAGAAAGGAGUUCAGCUGGACCGGGAAAUCUUAUCUUGUCCGAUCUGUCUGGAUCUACUGAAGGAUCCGGUGACGACUACCUGUGGACACAGCUACUGCAUGAAGUGUAUUAAAGGCUUCUGGGAUGGAGAGGAUGAGAAGAAGAUCCACAGCUGCCCUCAGUGUAGGCAGAGCUUCACACCGAGGCCUGUCCUGCUGAAAAACACCAUCAUAGCAGCUUUAGUGGAGGAGCUGAAGAAGACUGGAUCCCCACCUGCUCCUGCUGAUCUCUGCUAUGCUGGAGCUGAAGAUGUGGCCUGUGAUGUCUGCACUGGGAGAAAACUGAGAGCCUGUAAGUCCUGCCUCGUGUGUCUGGCCUCUUAUUGUGACAAACACCUCCAGCCUCAUUAUGAAUUACCUGUCUUUAAAAAACACAAGCUGGUGGAGCCCUCCAAGAAGCUCCAGGAGAACAUCUGCUCUCGUCACGACGAGGUGAUGAAGAUGUUCUGCCGCACUGAUCAGCAGUGUAUCUGUUAUCUCUGCUCUGUGGACGAACACAAAGGCCACGACACAGUGUCAGCUGCAGCAGAGAGGACUGAGAGGCAGAGAGAGCUGGAGGGGAGUCGACAAAACAUCCAGCAGAGAAUCCAGGACAGAGAGAAGGAGGUGAAGCUGCUUCAGCAGGAGGUGGAGGCCGUCAAUGGCUCUGCUGAUAAAGCAGUGGAGGACAGUGAGAAGAUGUUCACUGAGCUGAUCCGUCUCAUGGAGGAAAGAAGCUCUGAUUUGAAGCAGCAGGUCAGAUCCCAGCAGAAGAGUGAAGUGAGUCGAGUCAGAGAGCUUCAGGAGAAGCUGGAGCAGGAGAUCUCUGAUCUGAAGAGGAGAGACGCUGAGCUCAAGCUGCUCUCUCACACAGAGGAUCACAACCAGUUUCUGCACAGCGACCCCUCACUGUCAGCCCUCAGUGAACCUACGUACUCAUCCAGCAUCAACAUCCGUCCUCUGAGCUACUUUGAGGACGUGACGGCAGCCCUGUCAGCAGUCAGAGACAAACUACAGGACGUCCUGAGAGAGGAAUGGACAAACGUCUCACAGACUGAAGUGGAUGUUUUACUGUCAGCAGCAGAGCCCACCACCAGAGCUGGGUUCUUACAAUAUUCACAGGAGAUCACUCUGGAUCCAAACACAGCAUACACAAAGCUGGUAUUAUCUGAGGGGAGCAGAAAAGCAACAUUCAUCAAACAACAACAGUGUUAUUCUAGUCACCCAGACAGAUUCACUACAUAUUAUCAGGUCCUGAGUAGAGAGAGUCUGACUGGACGGUGUUACUGGGAGGUGGAGUGGAGAGGUGCAGUUCGUGUAGCAGUCGCAUACAAGAAUAUCAUCAGAGCAGGGAGGGGGGGUGAAUGUUUAUUUGGAUACAAUGACAAAUCUUGGUCCUUAGAUUGUGACCAAAACAGUUAUUCAUUUCGUUACAACAGUAUCCCCACUCCCGUCUCAGGUCCUCGGUCCUCCAGAGUAGGAGUGUACCUGGAUCACAGAGCAGGUAUUCUGUCCUUCUACAGCGUCUCUUUAACCAUGACUCUCCUCCACAGAGUCCAGACCACAUUCACUCAGCCGCUACAUGCUGGAGUUCGGCUUUAUGGUAAUGGAGCCACAGCUGAGUUUUGUAAACUGAAAUAGCCUGAAGUCAUUUGAGGAGCUCUUCUACUUCUUAAACUCAUUGUGUGUCCAUCAUUGUUGCUGAGAGCUGAUUGUUCAUGUCUUCACUGCACAGAGAUCAGCUGUCAAUCAAACAUUAUGGGAUGUGCUUUAACAUCUUCUCAUGAGUUGUUCUGUAGAUGUUGGAGUUUCUUCAGGCGGCGCUCCUUCCUGUGUCUGUGUAGCCAUGGAGGCUGUCACUGCUCAGGAGGAUUUCUGUUAACCUCAACUGAUAUUUCUCUGCAUGAAAAUGUAAAGUUUGCUCUAAAUAUCUGUUGAAUAUUUCCAUUGAUGCAUUUAUAUUGAGUUAUUUCUCUUUGAAUGCCUGAGUCUUAAGAGAGAAAGCAGCAGAGCUUCUUUCAUUGUAGAUAUUUUAUUCUCCCUGCUCUGGAAAAAAGAAAAUACAUUUAUAAUGACGUGUAUUUUCACAGACUAAAUGUUAUUGUUGUUUCCAAAGUCGACUAACAAAUGAGGAACUUUGAUGUUAAUAAAAUGUGUUUGAUC